AUGAGGAUGAUCACAUUUUUCCUGGUUGGCCUGACAGUCCACGUGGUCUUCUUCCUGUCCAUUUUUGACAUCUACUUCACGUCUCCCUUGGUCCAUGGCAUGGCCCCUCGGUCCACACCUCUGGCACCCCCUGCAUCCAGGCUGGUGUUGUUUGUCGCUGAUGGCCUCAGAGCCGACACUCUUUUUACCCUUCUCCCCGACGGCGCUUCAAGGACUCCAUACCUAAGGAGUGUAAUAGAGGAGACUGGUACCUGGGGUGUCUCUCACACGCGUGUGCCCACUGAGUCUCGGCCCGGUCAUGUUGCUCUCAUCGCAGGCUUCUAUGAGGAUGUUAGUGCAGUUGCUAAAGGCUGGAAGGAGAACCCUGUAGAGUUUGAUUCAGUGUUUAAUGAGAGCAGGAACACAUGGUGCUGGGGAAGCCCAGAUAUUCUGCCUAUGUUUGCCAAAGGUGCCAGCGGAGACCAUGUGUACUCACACACAUAUCCGGCAGAGGAGGAAGACUUUGCCUCCACAGAUGCUUCCAGGCUGGACAGCUGGGUCUUCACUCAGGUCAAAUCCCUUCUACAUUCAGCAAAGUCGAACUCCUCUCUGAAGGCCAGUCUGCUCGAGGAUGGGAACGUCUUCUUUCUGCACCUGCUUGGCAUCGACACCAACGGACACGCUCACAGACCGAUGUCGCAGGAAUACCUGCACAAUGUUAUUCUGGUGGACUCAGGAGUAGCUGAGCUCGUGUCUGUGUUUGAGGACUUUUUUGGCAAUGAUGGCAGAACCGCCUACGUGUUUACCUCCGAUCACGGCAUGACAAACUGGGGCUCCCACGGUGCUGGCCACCCUUCUGAAACACUCACACCUUUAGUGGCGUGGGGAGCUGGGGUUAAUAAGGCUCAGAGGGUCACAGAACCACAGCCGUACGACGACGGAUACUUACAGGAUUGGAAGUUGGAGCACAUUCGCAGAGUUGAUGUCAACCAGGCAGACAUUGCUCCACUCAUGGCUUCUCUCAUUGGUUUGCCCAUUCCUGUUAACUCUGUUGGUGUGUUGCCGCUCCUCUACCUUAACAACAGCAAUCAGUUCAAGGCAGAAAGCAUGUUCACCAAUGCUGUUCAAGUCCUGGAGCAGUUUAAGGUGAAAAUGAGCCAGAAAAAAGAAACAACCUUGUCUUUUCUCUUCACGCCAUUCCAACUCUUGACUGAGUCAAAACAAGCCGAGUUCAUCCAGAGGGCUCGGAUACUGAUUCAACUGGAGAAGUACAACGAAGCUGUCUCUCUGUGCCAGACUCUGAUCUCGCUCUCUUUAGAGGGUCUGGUCUACUACCACACCUACGACAGGUUCUUCCUGGGCUGCAGCGUGGUGCUGGGAUUCAUAGGCUGGACCUCCUACGUUAUUCUGGUCAUUCUGAGGACUCACACCACCUUAAACUGCCGUCCUAAUCUCACUAAACAGAUUUCAAGUCAUAAUCUGGCGAGGCUUUCUGUUUUCGUGGCGGUGAUGAUCACCGUGUUCCUGCUUAUCCAAAGAAGCCCCGUUACUUACUAUAUUUACUGCCUGCUGCCCGUCCCUGUGUGGCACGCUGUUUUUAAAGAAUCUGGAGCUCUAACAAAUCUGAUCCGAUCAGCCUCGUCUCUGCAACUCUGGAAAUGUUUUGUCUACUUUGUGCUGGUGCUGUUUGGGAUCGAGCUGCUUGUGGUGAGUUUCUUCCAUCGCGCCGUGCUGACUCUGGGCCUCGCUGCUCUGUCCCUGUGGCCCCUCCUGUCGGGGCUCUUUCACAAGGCAAAGUAUCGGUCACUGAGCUGGUUUGCGGCUUGUCUGUGUUUGGCGCUUUUCCCCCUGAUGCCAGUUGUGGGUAGAGACCCUAACCUACAUCUGCUUGCAUGUGCAGGUCUGCUCACGCUCUUCACAUCAGCCUGUUAUCUGUGGUCCUCGUGCCAGAGGACGCCGCUGCGCCCAGGUGACAGGCGGCACUUUUUCUCUCAGAUGAUCCAUGUGGCUGUGUGCGCGUACGUGCCUUUCCUCACGCACUCCAGUCUGCAGCAGAAACGAGGCCUGCCGCUUCUCAGUCAGUUCGUCAGCUGGACCACUUUAGCGACGUCUAUAUUUGUGCCUUUGCUGAGCUCGACGCGUCUCUUCCAUCGGCUCCUCAGUAUAUUCCUGUCUCUCGUCUCCACAUACCUGCUGCUCAGCACAGGGUCAGAGGCCUUGUUUCCUCCUGCCUUAUCUUGGUUAAUGUUUGCGUGGAUCAACAUAGAACAGGAGGCUUUAAUCGCUCAGGGUGUCUCCGGCAGGCAAGAGCUCUCCACUAUAGAUUUCUCGGCAAGCGUCGACAUCUCCAGAAUUCGACAACUGAGGCUGGACGAUGUCCGGAGAUCAUAUUUUUUUGUCUUUUUCAUUGUAACGGCUUUCUUUGGCACAGGGAACAUAGCAUCCAUUAACGGCUUUGACCCGGCCUCUGUUUAUUGCUUCCUCACCGUUUUCAACCCCUUCAUUAUGGGAGGGCUCAUGAUGUGGAAGGUUAUCAUUCCAUUCAUCAUAGUAAUGUGCACGUUUGAGACCAUUCAAGUCGCAACUCAGCUCUCGUCAAGAAGUUUGUUUCUCAUUGUCCUGGUCAUCUCUGAUGUCAUGGCUCUGCAUUUUUUCUUCAUGGUGCAAGACUAUGGGAGCUGGUUGGACAUUGGCACGAGCAUCAGUCAUUAUGUGAUUGUGAUGUCGAUGACGAUCUUUUUAAUGCUGCUCAGUGUGGUCACACACCUGCUCACCUCAAAACGGCUCGUCCUGUGGAAGCAGCCCAAGAAGCACUUUCCUUAA